AUGAUUUUAAAUUUAUUUUUAAUUAGUUGUGCUUUAGAAAGUAUUGAACUAGGUGAUAUUGAAAUACCAUUUAUUGAUCAAUCAGAUGAGACUAUAGAAGAAGAGAACAACUAUAAAAUAUUUAAAGAUGAGAUUGAAAAAGUAAAAGAAUUGAAAUGUAGUAUUGAUAGUAUUAAUCAAUUAAUUGAUAAUGAAGAUAUAAAAGAAGAAUUUGGUAUUGAAUUAAAAGAGUUGCCCAUCUUAUUAUUUGAUAUUAAAAAUAAUAUAAGUUUAUGUUUUACUGUUGUAAAUGAGGUGGUUUUAAACAAUAUUAAAGAGUUUUUUCAAGAAGUUAAACAAAUACAAAUAAACAAUAAAAAUUUUAAAUCUAUGAAAUAUAUUAUUAUUAAAAUACCAGAAGUAGAUGAAGAAUUAAAGGAAAAAAUAAGAUCUUUAAAUGAAAAUGAUAAAAAGAUUGAUCUUAAACUUAAAAAAUCUGAAAGUGAUAAAUUAAGAAAUGAUGUUCUUGAAUUCAUUAAUACGAUAAAAAGAGAAGCAUGUUUAUUUAUAACUGUCUUGGAAGAAUUUACCAUAUCAUAUUUUAAGUUAGAAAACUCUCUAUUAAAGAAUUCAAAUUGUUUAGAAAAAUUUAAAAAUCCUUUCAAAUCAGAACUUAAAGAUUGUUUAUUUGUUUUUAGUUUUAACAUUCACAUAAAAAAAUCUUAA